GUGCUGCAGCUGGAGCUGUUCUCCACCAGAGCUCUUCUGACCCAGCUGAUGGUUCAGUGUCAUGACUAAAGCGCUGAAGCGUUUUUUUACAGCAACAGCCGGAGCUCCGGGACCCGGAGGGGCCGCCCAGCUCCCAUCUCCUCCCUGCUUCUGCCAAACAAAAGCUCCAGUCUGCACAACCACAGGCAGCAGCGAUGGAAGCUGACCGGACCGGACGGGAUGAGCUUCAUUUAUCCGACCCAGACUCCCCUGAGGAGCAGGGGGGUCCGGUACCGAAGAGACACGCCCGGGUCACAGUGAAGUACAACCGGAAGGAGCUGCAGAGGAGGCUCGACGUGGAGAAGUGGAUCGACGAGAGUCUGGACCGGCUGUACCGGGGUCAGGAGAGUGACAUGCCAGAAGAGGUGAACAUUGAUGAUUUGAUCGACCUGCCAACUGAUGAGGAGAGAGUUCAGAAGUUAAAGGAACUUCUUCAUAAAUGUAACAGCAGCACUGAGACCUUCAUCAAAGACCUGGUGGUGAAGUUGGUAGGAGUCCACAAGCAGGAGGAGCUGCAGAGUGAAGGCAUUGAACAUCCGGUCAUAUGCCACACCCAUCACCGCCAUGAGCCCUAUCACUUCAACAGCCCACAGCACCACCAUCACCCCCGAGGACAAAACCAGACCCUCUGAUGACCCCACCCACCAUAAACUGAAGCAUGAAGGCACAGUCUUGUGGGCUAGAGGUCAAUGAAGGACCCCACCAGAAGAGAAGUGCUCCUUGUUGAAGGCUGGAGGAGCAACACAUAUUUGUUUUAUCUUGAACCCUUCAGAACAGCUGGGCAGAAACUGAGACAGCCAGUCUGAUUUAGUCUGGAGACCAGAGAAAUCCAUCUGUCAAACAUUUUAAAGCAAACAACAUCUUUACAGACUCUGAUAACUUGAAAGAUUUCAAAAGGUCUCAGCUUUGGUCUUUAGUCUAGACCACAACAGACUGACUGUAAACACAGUGGUUUCUUGAGAUUAUUACUGCAAAUUAAACAGAAAUUAUAACCUAAUAAUUGAAUCAUAGACAGAUUAAUGAGUCCUCUGCCCAUAAAAGCCUUCUGUUUGGCCUGUCUGUUGUCUUUGGGUUUACGACACUAACCACAUGUAAAUAACUUCAAAUAAACAUAUUUAUCCUAA